AUGGUGGGAUCGAGUUCUUCCGGUGGAGAUUUACGAACUCCACAGUUUGAUGGUGCAAACUACGAUUUUUGGGCUGUCAAAAUGGAAACAAUCCUCAUAGCACAUGAUCUAUGGGAUGUGAUAGAACUCGGAAUACAGCCGCAGCAGACUCCCGAGGAGGAAGAAGGUUCUGUAGAUGAAGGAAGUGAGGCUGAGCACACACUCCAAAAUGAGAAGACUGCUAAAGGAGCUUGGGAAAUUCUGAGAAGAGAGUUCAGAGGAGACAAAAAGGUAAGAGCUGUUAAACUUCAAGCCAUUAGAGCUGAGUUUGAAUAUCUGAGAAUGCAUGAUGGUGAACCCUUAGAUGACUACUUGGCUAGGUUUUUUGAGAUAGUGAAUAAUCUGAAAUCACUAGAGGAGACAAGAGAUCUGGAUGUUAUAAGGGUUGAGGAAGUCUUGGCCUCGGUUAAAGUCUAUGAUAAAAGGGAAGACCUGCAUGAUGAAAGGGACAAGGUUACUGGUACUGAGAGGGCAUUUAGUAGUCUAAAGAUUGGAGGUAGUGUUCAUGGUAGUACUAGUGGAAGUUAUAAAGGUGCACAGAGUAAACAGAACCAUAAAUGGCAACAAAACAAGAAAGGAAGAAAUUGGUCACAAAGCAGUAACUGGAAUGGGCAAUGGUAA